AUGUUCCAGGGGCAGCGUGGUUGGUUCUGCCGCAGCGUCAGUCAGGACUUGAGACAGUUCUGGGUGGACGAAGGCGGGGCAAUCAGCGACGCCCAGACCGCCGACUUCCUGUUCAGCUGUGAUGCCUCGCAUCCGGACACGCUGAGACUAUAUCACAGCACCGAGUACAUAGAAGAUAAUGUUACAGUUUUUCAUGCCUACUAUCUCUCUGCGGUAGCUAAUACUGAAAGGAAAAACUCAGUGGCCUUGGGCCAUUUUGUUCUUCCUCCUGCGUGUCUGCAAAAAGAAAUACGAAGAAAAAUUGGUAGUUUUAUUUGGGAACAAGAUGAAAAUUUUCCAGUACAAAAGCAUGGCAGAAUAACAUCAAAUAAAAGGGAAAGCAGUGAGCCAACAACAGAACACAAAAAAGAAAGUGCGGAGAGUCAUUUUAUAAGCACUCCAGUUGUAGAAAAGCAGCUGUACUUCCCUCUUCGGAGUUACCCGGUGAACAACAUGGUAACAGGUUAUAUAUCAAUUGAUGCCUUGGAGAAAUUUCUUGGAGAAUUACAUGACUUCAUUCCAGGAAGCUCGGGAUAUUUGGCAUAUCAUGUUCAAAAUGAAAUUAAUAUGUCUGCUAUAAAAAACAAAUUAAGGAGGAAACUAAGUUAA